AUGGCGGCGCGGGGGUCAGGGCCCCGCGCGCCCCGCCUGCUGCUCUUGGUCCAGCUGGUCGCGGGGCGCUGCGGUCUAGCGGGCGCGGCGGGCGGCGCGCAGAGAGGAUUAUCUGAACCUUCUUCUAUUGCAAAACAUGAAGAUAGUUUGCUUAAGGAUUUAUUUCAAGACUACGAAAGAUGGGUUCGUCCUGUGGAACACCUGAAUGACAAAAUAAAAAUAAAAUUUGGACUUGCAAUAUCUCAAUUGGUGGAUGUGGAUGAGAAAAAUCAGUUAAUGACAACAAACGUCUGGUUGAAACAGGAAUGGAUAGAUGUAAAAUUAAGAUGGAACCCUGAUGACUAUGGUGGAAUAAAAGUUAUACGUGUUCCUUCAGACUCUGUCUGGACACCAGACAUCGUUUUGUUUGAUAAUGCAGAUGGACGUUUUGAAGGGACCAGUACGAAAACAGUCAUCAGGUACAAUGGCACUGUCACCUGGACUCCACCGGCAAACUACAAAAGUUCCUGUACCAUAGAUGUCACGUUUUUCCCAUUUGACCUUCAGAACUGUUCCAUGAAAUUUGGUUCUUGGACUUACGAUGGAUCACAGGUUGAUAUAAUUCUAGAGGACCAAGAUGUAGACAAGAGAGAUUUUUUUGAUAAUGGAGAAUGGGAAAUUGUGAGUGCAACAGGGAGCAAAGGAAACAGAACCGACAGCUGUUGCUGGUAUCCGUAUGUCACUUACUCAUUUGUAAUCAAGCGCCUGCCUCUCUUUUAUACCUUGUUCCUUAUAAUACCCUGUAUUGGGCUCUCAUUUUUAACUGUACUUGUCUUCUAUCUUCCUUCAAAUGAAGGUGAAAAGAUUUGUCUCUGCACUUCAGUACUUGUGUCUUUGACUGUCUUCCUUCUGGUUAUUGAAGAGAUCAUACCAUCAUCUUCAAAAGUCAUACCUCUGAUUGGAGAGUAUCUGGUAUUUACCAUGAUUUUUGUGACACUGUCAAUUAUGGUAACCGUCUUCGCUAUCAACAUUCAUCAUCGUUCUUCCUCAACACAUAAUGCCAUGGCGCCUUGGGUCCGCAAGAUAUUUCUUCACACGCUUCCCAAACUGCUUUGCAUGAGAAGUCAUGUAGACAGGUACUUCACUCAGAAAGAGGAAACUGAGAGUGGUAGUGGACCAAAAUCUUCUAGAAACACAUUGGAAGCUGCGCUCGAUUCUGUUCGCUGCAUUACAAGACACAUCAUGAAGGAAAAUGAUGUCCGUGAGGUUGUUGAAGAUUGGAAAUUCAUAGCCCAGGUUCUUGAUCGGAUGUUUCUGUGGACUUUUCUUUUCGUUUCAAUUGUUGGAUCUCUUGGGCUUUUUGUUCCUGUUAUUUAUAAAUGGGCAAAUAUAUUAAUACCAGUUCAUAUUGGAAAUGCAAAUAAGUGA